UCGACCACAUCAAUAAUAUCGUAAACGAGCGGGGGUGGCUCUUAUUGUUUAAGAAAAUACAAUGGUUGUUUAAUUUCUAUUAUAAUGAUAUGGAUAGCCUAAAGACCGAAGACAUCAUUACAGCAAGAUCCAGGUAUCCAUCAGGUGCGUUUAACAUGGAUGACGUCCCACAAUUGAAAAGGCGACCUAGCGAUGCAAUUUCAAGAGAAGAUCAGGAGAAGGACAUUGAGGCCGCUUUCGGGAAAAUUCUAGACAAUAUAGGAGAGGAUAAAACUCGUCAGGGUCUUUUAAAAACGCCCUCUCGGGCGGCGAAGGCAAUGUUGUAUUUUACGAAGGGGUACGAGGAGACAAUUUCUGAUGUUCUUAACGAUGCUGUAUUUGAUGAAAAUCAUGAUGAACUUGUCAUAGUUAAGGAUAUUGACAUGUUUUCCUUGUGUGAGCAUCAUUUAGUACCAUUCAUGGGAAAGGUUCAUAUUGGCUACUUACCCAACAAGAAAGUUGUAGGACUCAGUAAACUCGCUAGGAUUGUAGAAAUUUUCAGUCGUCGUUUACAAGUUCAAGAACGUUUAACAAAACAGAUUGCUAUGGCUUUAGCCGAAGCUGUCAAUCCAGCUGGGGUGGCUGUGGUGAUUGAGGCCACGCACAUGUGUAUGGUUAUGCGUGGAGUGCAAAAGCCAAGUAGCAAGACUGUGACUAGUUGUAUGCUGGGAGUGCUGCGAGAGGAUCCGCGAUCACGGGAUGAGUUCUUGACCCUAAUUAGAAAUAGCAAUAUAUAGUUUGUUAUUCAUUUCCUGUUGAAGGGUGUAUUUGACUUUAUAGCAAAUGUAUUUCUCUAAAUAAGAGUGCUCUAUUAAAUGCUUCACCCCUAGCUUCCCUGGCCCCAAAUAAGCACCCACCUCCUAGGAUGCAAUGUCAAACCAGCACCCCUCUCAAAUAAGUGCCCCCCCCCUCCUCUUUCUCUUUCUUAAAUUAUGAUACCCUAUUUAUACCAUCUGAAAGUAAAUGGUUUGAACCGGGGGGGGGGGGAGGGGGUAACAUCUGACAGUGUAAUCUGAUCGUCCGGGUGAGUGUAGUUCUGAGAAGGACUGUUAAGUCGUCAUCAGAGUCAAGUGAAUAAUUAUUGUCAGUUGAAUGUUUGAAUAAAAUGAUUGGUCAGUUUUUCUGUGAUGUUAUCGGUAAGACUGGUCUUAUUGGUAAGACUCAAGUAACAUAAGUGCUUGCAGAGUUCCUUUGUAUAUGUGCUCACUUUAAAGUGCCCCCCUUGAUUAAGCCCCCUCGUUCCACCCUUACCUUCCAGUAAGCACCCCUCAUUUAAGUUCCUGGGUGUUUAUUCAAGGAAAUGUGGUAUCUUAUUGCUUUAUGUUUUCUAAUUAGCACUGAUCAAUUAUUUUGCACUUACUGACAAAUGGUAAAUGUAAAUGUAAUAUAUUUGAUGAUUUUUUCACUGAUAAUAUGUGCAGUUUAUUGCACCUAAUAAAGCAUACACGAGAAGCAUUCAAAAUUUGGGAAUAUUUUAACAUCACAAAUAUUUUUGUAAUAUUUUAAAACUCUGAACUUAAUUAAGCUGUGUUUAACUUAACUGCUAUAUUUAUAUAAUUUUAAAAAAAUGAAUUCUUUGGAUUUAUUUUGAAGUUACAGGUAGAUAUCUUGAAAAAAAACCAUGGACAAUGAGUAUUUUUUCUUUAAAAGCGCAAUUGUUUAUUUACUUUAGUGGUUGGAAAGUGGACUGUGUCGACCCUUUUAAACCUUUAAGGUGACCAGCGUCUAAUUUGUCGUUACAGUUUUACUGCUGAAUCAUUCACUGAGACCAUGAGCAUAAAGGAAAUUAUCACAAACUUAAGAAGCUUUGAUUGUUAAAUUUAUUCUCCCUGCCAGUACUAAAUGAAAGGUAUAGAAAAAAGUAUGGGGAAUAUGGAUACCGAUGUUAGGUAAAGGGUUAAGACUGCAGCUGUACACUAGCUAGAGAUACAAGUGUCAUAUUACAUUACCACUCAGAUAUGAUAAAAUACAUAACUAGAUUGAUGUUAAGUAUUUAUUGUCUUUUGAUUUACAGUACUUUCAUUUAACAUGCAAAGUCAGACGUCACGGGCUAAAUUUGUGAUUUUGUACCAUGCUUCUAUUUAUCAGUUGUAAAUACUAAAACAGUGGGUAGCGUCAAAGGCACACUCUGAUUGGCUACUUAAACUUCGAAUAUCCUUUGCCAUUCAUCUCCGAGCAACGCUUGCGGCAUUUGCGCUCGAAAAUAUUGUAAGCUUUUCAGGAAUAAAUGAGCUAAAAUCAA